GAGCUGUCUCCAGUGUAACCCGCUUUAUUUAGUCUGUCGUGUUGUCUGGCCAGUGAGACAGCUCGCAGUCUGCGCGGAGGACAGAGGGAGGGUGGAAGGGUGAGCUGUCAGAAGGAGCAGUGGACAGGUCUGUCCAUUUUCCCUGUCUUCCUGCUGAGCCGUCUGUCCAUCACACUGAUAGAGCUGCCUGCAUUUUGUGGAUUUAUCUCAGUGUGAGUGACACCUGGGAAGGCAAGGGAGCCCUGAGUGGAUAGGCAGGAGUCUGCUUUCCCCCUCCGUCCCUCCUGUGUGUGUGGAUGACCUGUGCACCUCUAGUCUGUUCCUCAGCAACAUGCACAAGAUGAAGAACUUUAAGAGGCGUUUUUCUCUUUCUGUUCCUCGCACUGAGACCAUUGAGGAGAAUGAGUUCACCGAGCAGAUAAACCAGCUCAACAUACAGCACACUCAGGGCCUGACUCCAGACAGGCUGGGCCCUCCAUCUCAUGAUGCCAGUCCUUCAAGCCCUGAGCCAACAACACCGGGAGCUCAGUCUCCUUCCCACCUCCACUUCCACAGCAAGGCCCAGCACAGACGUUUCUCCAUGGAGGACGUCAGUAAGCGCAUGUCUCUGCCCAUGGACAUCCGCCUGCCCCCAGAGUUUCUUAAGAAACUGCAGCUGGAGAGUGAAAACUCACCGCUCUGCAAACCUCUCAGUCGCAUGUCUCGACGUGCUUCACUGUCUGAUAUAGGCUUUGGGAAAUUGGAGACAUAUGUGAAGCUCGGCAAACUGGGUGAGGGGACGUAUGCCACAGUGUUCAAAGGGCGAAGCAAACUAACGGAGAACCUGGUGGCAUUAAAGGAGAUUCGGCUGGAGCAUGAGGAGGGAGCACCUUGCACUGCUAUCAGAGAGGUUUCUCUGCUGAAGAACCUGAAACACGCCAACAUCGUCACGCUGCACGACAUCAUCCACACCGACCGCUGCCUCACUCUGGUGUUUGAGUAUCUAGACAGUGACCUUAAACAGUACCUGGACAACUGCGGGAAUCUCAUGAGCAUGCAUAAUGUCAAGAUCUUCAUGUUCCAGCUGCUGCGCGGUCUAUCCUACUGUCACAAGAGGAAAAUCCUUCACAGAGACCUAAAACCUCAGAACCUGCUCAUCAACGACAAGGGCGAGCUCAAACUGGCUGACUUUGGUCUGGCGAGGGCCAAGUCUGUCCCCACUAAGACCUACUCCAAUGAGGUGGUAACCCUAUGGUAUCGACCCCCUGAUGUGCUGCUGGGCUCAACAGAAUACUCCACACCCAUUGAUAUGUGGGGUGUGGGCUGUAUCUUGUAUGAGAUGGCAACAGGUCGUCCCAUGUUUCCUGGCGCCACAGUGAAAGAGGAGCUACACUUAAUUUUUAGGCUUCUGGGCACUGCAACAGAAGAGACUUGGCCUGGUAUCAGCAGUAAUGACGAGUUUCGCUCUUACCUCUUUCCUCAAUACAGACCUCAAGCUCUCAUCAACCAUGUGCCCAGGUUGGACACAGAGGGGAUCGACCUGCUGUCUGCUCUGCUGCUGUAUGACACCAGGAGCAGAAUCUCCUCCGAAGCCGCUCUACAUCAUCCCUACUUCCUGAGUCUGGGGGAUAACAUACACAAUUUGUCAGACACUGCUUCGGUGUUUUCCCUCAGGGAGGUGCAGCUCCAGAAGGACCCAGGCCAUCGCAGCUCAGUGUUUCAGCCUUUAAGUCGAGGAAAGAACCGCAGACAAAGCAUCUUCUAGAGGUCACAGAGGAGGAUCAGAGAGAGACAGAGAAGAGGAGCUGCCUUUUCAGACCACAGCUCAGCACACUCACAAGCAUGCUCACCUGUGUGCACACACCUGCAUGUACACGCAAACUCAUGUGCACACGCUCAUUUCUAAGGCAGCUGACCAUGGAGACACACAGGGUUCCUGGAUACAAACUUGUACUGCACUUGAAAUGACUGAGAUGAGAUAUAAUCUUCCUCCACACGCAUGCAGUACAUGCUUGCACACAUUUGCACAAUCAGCGACACUGAACAUGCUGCCAUUACUUAUAGCUGCACACACCAGAGAUUUGUAAGUAUCCUGCUGACAGCAUCAGGCAUUUCAAGCCAAGAUCUCAACCAUUAGGCUCCUAAGUAAAGCUGCUCUUCUAUAGUGUACACAUAUACGCAAACUUGUAUAAUUUCCAUUCAGAGCACACCCAGGGCUCUAGCCAUUUAAGGUAGCUACCAUAUGUGGAACCAUUAAAUAUAAUCACAGGAGUACAGACGUAAGGGGUGAGGUGUCAAUGGAGAUCGUAAAGUCUAAUGACGUCAACUUGUUUCCAAAUUUUGCUGAAUGUUUGUGCUACUAAAUUUUAAGCUUGUCUCUACACCAAAAUGUAGCUUAAAGGUACACUCUCUGAUUUUGUUGUGGCACCUCCGAAUUGUAAAAUGUCCUCCCAGCUCAAAAUUUAAGAAAUUCUGAGGUCAUAAAUUCUUCAAAUGCAGCCAUGGCAGCUCUUUAGAAAAAUAUGACCAGAAACCAAAGAAAAGGUUUCUUUUUUCUUUUUUUUCUCAAUAAACUGUUAAGUAGUGCUAUAUGUAUCCUCACCUUAAAGUCUAAAUGGUGAUUCAAAGGUUAUGCCAGGACAAAACUCAGUGGGAGAAAUGCUAAAUAUUCUAUUAUUUUGGGCACAUUUAAACACACAAUACCAGCUUAUAAAAUGCCAAAAGUUCCCUUAGGUUGCUGUAACCCUUCAAAUUCACAGAAGGAACAUGGUAAUGGUGGCUAGGGCCUUGAAUGCUGACAGGCACUUGCUAAAUAACAAAGAGUGUGAGCAUUUAAACAAUUUAUGUCUUUGUUAGCUAUAAAUGAGUUAACAGGCUACUUAAGCAGUAAAAUGUCAGCCCAGUCACCAAAAGAAAAUGUUGGCAUUGUAGGUUUCUGCAAGCCACUGAUAUGUUACAUUUAUACAUUUCAUUUGUAUCAUAUCAAUGUUUCGAGACCCCUGCCAAGCUGCAGACCACUGUUCGAGACCAACAAACAACAGAACCUGUUGUUUUUUAGCGACUCAUUGCUGUGUUUCCAGUGGCUUUUUAGCCACCAAAUGUGGUUGAUUUUUAGCAACCUGUCGCUGUGUUUCCAUUGGGGAUAGUGCCGCAUAAAGAUAAAGUGAUAUAUACAGGGAUAUAGCUGCAUAUCCAGCCAGGAUUGUGCCAACAAUACUUUUCCUAACUAUAACAAAGUGGUUUCUGUGUCUAAACCUAACCACACAUUAACCACAGUGUUGUUAAAACAUAGUUUUCAUUGUAUCCACUACAUAAUACAGACAAAUGGAACAUAUUUGUGGUUUGCAGAAACAUACAAUUCCAACAUGUAUUCUGGCAAUUGGGAUGGACAUUUUGGACAUCAUGAGGCUGCCAGCUCUUAAGAUGGAGGUUAUGAUGGUUAGUUUCCAGGAACGCUCUUGACAAAGGUCCAGUAGGAUCGAAACGUUAGUGUUACUUAUAAAUUAUGAAGCUGAGCAAGAGCAGUGUGCAGGAUUUUCUGUUCAAAGACUCAAGUGAUAUUUUCCAACGCACCUGCUACUGAGACAGUUGGAUGUGUGAAUAUCUCUCUUCAAACAAAUCACUAGCUACCAGGAUCUGCCAGCUAGCUAAGAAACUGACAUUAUUUAAACAAUUUAAAGGAUUUAUCCGUGAUGAAAUUAUUAGAUCCCUGUCAAAAGAGUCACCAAUAUAGCAGCUAGGUGUGUGCUAUGUCACCCUGCAGUCUUGAAGUUGUACAUACACAAGUAGUCUGAACACUGGAGAAGUAGCAACACACUGUUCAUUUGCAGUAAUUCUACUCACAUGAAGCAAACAUUGAAGGUACCAUCAAAUCUGACUCCAUCAUACAAAACUCUGUUGUAAAAUGAAUUCAUGUCGACAGGUUUGCCUUGCUACAGUGCCCCUGUGUUUCAACUCAGUGUGGGGUUUUGUUCCAAACAGUGUUAAGAGCUGACUUUCACUCCAGUUUUUGAAGUUGCCUUAGUAAAAUGUGCAUGAUAUUUUCGGCUUGUGAAGAAUCUAUAUUUGAUCUAGUGUAGCCAACGUGUUAGGAGGCAGUUGAUUUGUGUGUGUAAAUAACUCACCAUGAGUGUGUGUAUUCUUAGUCUCCUAUUUGCACAAACCAGAAGUGUCCUCUGAAGCCUGCUCCCUUCCCUUUGUUUCUUACCUUACAUGGCUCCAGAAUAUGACCCUAUAUUGUACCCAAACCCCUUAACCCUAGACUGGGAAAGUAUGUCCUACAAGUACUUUCUGGUAGCAAACUACUUUCAGUAGAACUCACCACUACCCCUUAUAUUUUGCACAGCUCUACUACACCUAUUGCCAGGAAGCAGCUUUCGGCUGUUGGACCAUAAUAGACAGUGUAUUACAGCACAUAGGCUACAGUAUAACUUAGAAAGCAUAGAAAGUAUCUGCAGAAGUGAAAUCUUACGUAUUUAUUGUCCUUCACAGUUCCCUUGUGACUGAGCCCAGAGGUUAUGCUUACUGUAUGCUACAGAAGAUAAAACAAUGUGCAGACACAAUAGUGAUGGGGGCUUGUGGCUAAACUGCUCUCUGUCUCUCCUUAAUCUGCCUUUACUCCCUCUCCAUCCCCAGUAUAUCUAUGAAUAUUCUCAGUCAUCCAGGUCAUAUGAUAUCCAGAAGUGGCUUUGAAGGCAUUUAGUCUUCCAUCUAAAAUGCUUCCUCAGUUCAGACUUGUGGGGAGUAAGUCUGGGGUAAGGUUGAAACAAACUGCUUCAAUUGUUAUGUUGUCUAACCACAUCUGAGGGCAAAAGCUAUUCUGAACAACCACACUCAAAAGUAGCGUGCAGUCAUAGGGAGAGAAAAGAUGCGAUAAUAGUUCCAAUGGGGAUAUCAGACGAAAGACUGUCCUCUGAUAUAUGUUUGAAGACAAAGAAGAAUUACAAAGUAGUUGUGUGAAGAAAAAGAGAGCAGUGAGAGAAGUUCAAAUCUUACGUAUUCUCUCAUGUCUGCACAUCCGGUCGAUUUAUGUGUGAAUCAUACAUGCUUCUCAGGUUGUUGGCUUUGGAGAGUUACAGACAAAUGCAACCCUGGUGUAGAUCUGAUCCGUCAAUUACUUUGUUUGAAGAAGUCCACAGCGCCCUCUAUAUUCCGAGUCAGAUAGCAAUGGCAAUGGUUGCCACACGGACAAUACUGAUAGCUGAACUACUCUCACGUGGCUGCCAUGUUGCCAAAUGGUCCACUUGGGAACCUAAAUCAUGGAUGUAUAAAGAGUAAGGGAUAGAGCAUUGGAGGCAGGGCUCACUUCAUUCCGAUGAAGGUUGCUCAGUGGCGUAUGAAGCCAAAAAGGUUCAACUGCUGCAUAUAAAAUUAUCCAGAUGAUCAGCACUGAUUCCACUGUGUGCAGUCUAAAGAGCAGCCAUGCCUGCAAAGUCAGCUACUUCCAGGUUAGGGAUCAGCUAACUUGAAUAAAGAUAAAGUGAUUUAAUCAUGGGUUUCCUCUAGACCUUCCAAAUGUUAUUGUACCAAUCAAACAACUCAUUUUGUGGGGGUGUGAUGCUCAAGAAAAUGUAUAUAGUCAUCUCCUUUGCCAUUUAAAUCAAUGUAAAAAAAGUCUUAUGGGCCACAUAGCAGCGUCAGACGACAGAUGUAAUUACAUUUUUUGGCCACUAGGAUAAUUUACUUCAGAGCUCUGCCAACUUCCUGGGGACCUGAAUUAAAGCCCAGUUCAAACAACAUUCCAAGAGUAUCUAGUGUCAGUAUUGUGACAUAUUUCAGGAUAGGCAGGUGGAAUAUAAUGUUGGAAGGAAUUUGCCUUGAUGGUUGAAAAGUGGGCGUGUCAUAACAGUGACGCUGCAACGGUGUACUGCCGAUUUUAUAGCAGUAUCCAUCGGGGGGAGAGAAACGAAGUCCAUCGUUUGCUCGGUGUAAUGUUCUUUGCUGAAGCAGUCCACUCUAAAAUGCCUUGCACUUAAUCUAAAGCUGUCACAGAUACCACCUCCCUCAGAGUGAAUAAAUGCUAGAGCAGCGGCCCCAUGACCAUUUUUGGGGAAACUUUAUUUGUGAAAAAAUGACACACUGAUGUACCACGUUUUUGCUAGCUAACGUAAUCUUGCAGAUUGUUGAUGAGUGGAUGUCAUGAUAUAAUUGGUUGGUACUAGAUAACAUAAGCACAUUUUUACAGAAAGAAAACAUGGUUGGAUUUUGAUAAGAUUAGGAAGACUCUGACCCCAGCAGAGGUUCAAUGUGUGGCACUCCCAACAAGUUUGUCAGAACUGAGGAAGUCUUUCAGAUAAGAGCUAAAAUAUCUUUGCGUGUCUACAGUUGCCUUUGGUUUUGCACCCUAGACAAUUGAAUCCAAUCCACAGAAUUGAGCAGAUGAACGAUACAUUUAUAUUGUUAAGGAAGACAGAGGUAGAGAAGCUAAUCAGUAACCAGAGAGUUGUUGAUUUGACCCUCAAAAGCAGAGUGCGUCCAAAUUGCUCGUAAGCCAGGCAGUGAACCCCCAAAGCCCUCCAUUGCAGUUGAGAGUUUGUGUUUGAGUGAAGUGACGAAUGUCCGUGAAAGUUAAAUGGCCCCUGAAAGAUUUUUCUACCUCUCAAAGUGAAUGACGCUGAUGGAAGAAUUGUGUUGUGACCAUUUAACCCUUUUCACCUGUCACUGAGUACAAGCAAAGGUAAAGGCAGUGAGGAGAGAAAUAUAGGGUGAACCUGCUGGGACUUCAGAGGGAUGUAUAGCUGUGGAUGUUAUUCUUCCAUCCUUCCCCUUCUUUCCCUCAGUGGCAGAAGUAUUACUGUGCAUUUAGUUGUGGUAAAUGAAGCUAUUUUAAAUACUGUAAUGACAAAAGAAAUAAUAUAUAUGUAUUUUAACAGAUGUUUUCAUCUUUCUCAGUGAGUUUUAUGCCGUUAAAAAAAUAGAAUACUGUAUUUAAAAUAAAAUAAAGAAAAAAAACCCACAGAUGUCUAAAUGUUUUAUAAAAGAUAAGUUUAGCUUUUGUAUGAGAUGUGAUAUUUUGUGUGAUUUGUCUACACUGUUAUGAAAUGAGAAAUUGAAUGUACUGUGACUGCCAACAGGCAUAAAAUUGAUUGAAUAACUGAUUAAUUAAUGAAUAAAUAAACUAUUGAA